CGCACACUACACAGAUUCGGAGGAGGUCUCGAUCCUGAAGGAGGCCAAGGAGCUGGGCAAGGUGAUGGAUCUGAACAUCGUGCGGUUGAAGUUCACCGCCUACCUGCAGGACAGCAACGGGGGCUUCACCCGCGGACUCAAACCCGUCGUCUCCAACUGCAUCUACGACAGCAAGUCGCCGAACGCCUCCAACCUGAAAAUCUCGCGGAUGGACAAGACGUGCGGCUCGGUGCUCGGAGGAGACGAGAUCUUCCUGCUCUGCGACAAAGUCCAGAAAGAUGACAUCGAGAUCCGUUUCUACGAGGAGGACGACGAGGGAGGCUGGGAGGCGUUUGGAGACUUCUCACCUACUGACGUCCACAAACAGGUACAGGGACAGAAAGAAGACAUCGGAUG